UUCUUUUUUAUCAAACACAAACCUACACUUUCGGUUUUCAAACCCCCACAAGCCCACAUUUCUCUCAACUUUCAAAUCAUCAUAACAUUAUUAUUAUUAUUGGAAAAGAAAGGACAGCGCAUCUAUAUUUCCAGCAGCAGAUUUUUGACUACGUGGAAGGAAGCGCGAUGCAACUGUAUCAUCACCCGUAUUCGUUAGACAGCCAGAAAGUCAGGUUGGCAUUGGAAGAAAGAAAUAUUGAUUACACAUCAUACCAUGUCAACCCCGUUACAGGAAAGAACAUGGAUCCGUCAUUUUUCAGGAUGAAUCCAUCUGCCAAGGUCCCUGUUUUUCAAAACGGUUCACAUGUUAUCUUCGACACUAUUGAAAUUAUUCAAUAUAUUGAGAGGAUUGCACUUGUCUCGUCAGGCAGCGGCAUAAUAAAACAAAGUAGCAAAAGAGUUGUGGAAUGGAUGUAUAAGAUACAAGAAUGGAACCCAAAGUUUUUCACCCUUUCCCACAUCCCCGAAAAGUAUCACAUUUAUGUAUCCAAGUUUAUAAGACGUGUAAUUAUUGCUCGAAUGUCGGAGGCUCCUGACCUAGCCGCUGCUUACCAUACCAAACUUAAAGAAGCUUAUGAGACCGAAGAGAAAUUACAUAACCCGCAGGUGUUACAAAGAAGUGAACAACAUCUUAUAAAGCUCCUUGAUGAAGUUGAAAUGCAACUCGAAGAAACAUUGUACCUAGCCAGCGAUGAGUUUACACUAGCAGAUGUAAUGUUGGUUCCUAUAUUGGCCCGACUAACCCUUUUGGGUUUGGAGAAAACAUAUAUAAGUGAUAGACCAAAGUUAGCGGAGUAUUGGAUGUUGGUGCAGACAAGGCCGAGUUAUAAGAUUGUGAUAGGGAAGUAUUAUCAUGGGUGGAGGAGACGGAAAACACUGUUGAAAACAUGGUGCAUUAUUCGUAUGAGAUGUAUGUUCAAACGGUAUUGAACCAGGCGUAUAAGUAAAGGUAUUGUUACUUUUUUGUUUAUCAUGUCAACUGCAUCAUGAUAUUGAUUGAUGUUUUUUUGUAGGAUUAUGGGUAUUCUACCAUUACUUCUCUUCAAUGUCAAAUGUUCUGUAUAUUAGUUAUGUAAUGUACUGGACAGAAAAUUGUAAAUGUUGCAUUACUAAAGUCUAAAAUAACAUUGUGUUGACCGUUUUUCAAUAAAGACCUAUGUUUGCAAGUGA